AUGUUGGCCUUCAUGGGAAGUUCAGCUUGGAUUCUAACAUCCCAUUUCUCCUCUCUCCUUCCCUUUCUCUCUCUCUCUUUCUCUCUCCCCCGCCCUCUCUCUCCCCCCUCUCCACCCCGGCAGGACUGGCAGCCCCCGUUCGCUGUCGAAGUUGAUAACUUCAAGUUUACUCCACGAAUCCAACGCCUGAACGAGUUAGAGGCACAGACCCGAGUGAAGUUAAACUUUCUGGAUCAAAUCGCCAAGUUCUGGGAGUUGCAGGGGUCCACAUUAAAAAUUCCCAACGUGGAGCGGCGAAUCUUAGACUUGUACAGUCUGAACAAGAUUGUCAUUGAGGAGGGUGGCUAUGAAGCUAUCUGUCGCGACCGGCGAUGGUCUCGCGUGGCCCAGCGGCUGGGCUAUCCGCCUGGGAAGGGGAUCGGAUCCUUGCUGCGCUCACACUACGAGAGGGUCAUCUACCCUUUCGACACCUUCCAGUCUGGAGCCAGCCUAGCAUGUCAGCCCGGGCCACAGAUUGACAGUGAGGAAAAAGACCGUGAGUACAAACCUCACAGUAUCCCCCUGCGCCAGUCGGUGCAGCCCUCCAAGAUGAACAGCUACGGACGAAGAGCCAAGCGUUUGCAGGCUGAGACGGAGCCGACAGAGGCUGACAUCGCCAAGAACCCAGAGCUGAAGAAGCUGCAGAUUUACGGAGCCGGCCCCAAGAUGGUGGGCCUGGGGCUGGUGGUAAAAGACCGAGCCAACAGGAAGAGAGACAAGGACUGCCUCGACUGCCCCCCCACGCUGGUGGUAAAGGAGGAGAUAGUGGCUGAACCAAAGCUGGAAUACUCGCUGGAGCACUGCCCGCUGAUCAAAGAGGAGAAAGGGGUUGCUGACACCUGCAGCAAAAGGACCAUGAGGCUGCGGAAGGGAGCCACAUCACCUCAGUUUGCUGACUCCUACAUCUGUAUAAUCUGUUCCCGGCGUGUGGAGGAGGAGAAAUUGGUUCUGUGUGAAGGCUGUGAGGACAGUUACCACACCUUCUGCCUCAUCCCACCUCUCCCGGAGAUCCCGAAAGGAGACUGGAGAUGUCCCAAGUGUGUGGUCGAGGAGUGUAAGAAACCAGCCGAGGCUUUUGGCUUUGAGCAGGCGACGAGAGAAUAUACCCUGCAAAGUUUUGGUGAGAUGGCAGAUACCUUCAAGUCUGACUACUUCAACAUGCCAGUUCAUAUGGUGCCGACGGAGCUGGUGGAGAAGGAGUUCUGGCGGUUGGUCAGCAGUAUUGAGGAGGAUGUUACUGUGGAGUACGGAGCGGAUAUUCACUCCAAGGAGUUUGGCAGCGGCUUCCCGAACAAAGGUGGUAAAAGGCAGCUCGCCCCGGAGGAGGAGCAGUACACAGAGUGUGGCUGGAACCUCAACGUGAUGCCCGUCCUUGACCAGUCAGUGCUGUGCCACAUCAAUGCUGAUAUCUCCGGGAUGAAGGUGCCCUGGCUGUAUGUGGGCAUGUGCUUUGCUGCAUUCUGCUGGCACAUAGAGGAUCACUGGAGCUAUUCCAUCAACUACCUGCACUGGGGUGAGCCCAAGACGUGGUAUGGUGUUCCCUCAUAUGCAGCCGAGCAGCUGGAGGCUGUGAUGAAGAAGCUGACCCCAGAGCUGUUUGAGAGCCAGCCUGACCUUCUCCACCAGCUGGUCACCAUCAUGAACCCCAACAUUCUCAUGUCCCAUGGAGUACCGGUGGUGCGGACUAACCAAUGUGCCGGAGAGUUUGUCAUCACCUUCCCCAGGGCCUACCACAGCGGAUUCAACCAGGGCUACAACUUUGCUGAGGCUGUUAACUUCUGCACAGCUGACUGGCUCCCUGUGAGCCGUCGCUGUAUCGAACAUUACCGCUGGCUGAGACGUUACUGCGUGUUCUCCCACGAGGAGCUGAUCUGUAAGAUGGCGGCCUGUGCGGAGAAGCUAGACCUGAACCUAGCAGCAGCUGUCCACAAGGAGAUGUUCAUCAUGGUGCAGGAGGAACGCAAGCUGCGCAAGGCUCUGCUGGAGAAGGGCUUUUGGACCGGGCACCUUCUGACCCGGUUUUGUGUUCUCCACCGCCCCCCCCAAGCUCUGGACGACCUGAAGGCCCUGGUCACUGAGGCCAAGGAGAAGAAAUUUCCUGAGAACCGGCUCCUGCAGCAGCUGAAGGGCAGCAUCGAGGAGGUGGAGAAGUGUGUGGCAGAGGCUGUUCAGCUGACCGGUAUUACCGACGACUGUCUCUGCUUCCUAUACAGGCCUCGGCAGGAUGAGGGUGUGAGCUCAGCCAAGCUCACGGUGGAUGAGCUGCGGUUUUUCAUCGAGCAGCUCCAGGGCCUGCCCUGUGUCAUCACUCAGAUCCAAGAUGUCCAGGAGCUGCUGGAGGAUGUAGAGAAGUUCCAGACCCAGACCCAGGCUGCACUGAAGGAGCUGCCUCCCAACUCGAAUGAGUUCCGUGAGCUGAUUGAACAAGGUCAGCAGUUAGCCGUAGAGCUACCGGAGAUCGCCAAGCUCCAGCAGGAGGCCCAGCAAGCGGAGUGGCUGGAUGAGGUGCGGGAGACACUAGCAGCCUCUGGCCGUGUCACCCUGCAGGUGAUGAGACAGCUGAUUGAGGCAGGAUCCAAGCUGGCCCCUAACCCAGCCAUCGAGAAGGCCAUGGCUGAGCUACAGGAACUGUUCACCAUCUCCGAGCGCUGGGAGGAGAAGGCUCAAAUCUGCCUGGAGGCCAGGCAGAAGCAUCCUCCUGCCACGCUGGAGGCGAUCAUUAAGGAAGCAGAGAAUAUCCCGGUCGAAUUGCCCAACAUUGUGGCCCUGAAGGAGGCGCUGUCAAAAGCGAGGGCCUGGAUCGCUGAUGUUGAAGAAAUACAGAACGGAGAUCACUAUCCCUGCCUGGACGACCUGGAGGGAUUAGUCGCUGUAGGCCGUGAUUUACCUGUGAGGAUGGAAGAACUACCUCAUCUUGAGAGUCAAGUGACGACUGCACAUUCCUGGAGAGAGAAGGCGACAAAAACUUUUCUGAAGAAAAACUCCUGCUACACACUGUUAGAGGUGCUGUGUCCAUGUGCAGACGCUGCCUCUGACACUGUUCGCAGGAACAAGUGGAAAAAAGCGAGAGAGAACCUGGUGGAUAAAGCAGACACGGACGGCCUCGGGUUAUCUGCUCAGGACCUCCGCGAUCCUGGAUCAAUAAUCCUGGCCUUUAAGGAAGCUGAACGGAAGGAGCGGGAUGGGAUCCGAGUUCUCCGACAGAGGAAUAUGUCGAAGACAGCGGGGAAGGAGCAGGAAGAGGGUGAACCUCAGGGAGGCUGCGUGUGCGGGCAGGAUUCCGGUGGGCCGGUGCUACAGUGUGAGCUCUGCAAGGACUGGUUCCACAGCUCCUGUACCAGCUGCCCUCGCCUCAGCCACCAGAGACACCUGGCGGCCUGGUGGGACUGGGACACCAAGUUUCUGUGUCCCCUGUGCCUACGGUCACGGCGCCCACGCCUGGAGAUCAUCCUGUCGCUGCUGGUAGCCCUGCAAAAGCUGCCAGUCCGUCUACCAGAGGGUGAGGCGCUGCAGUGCCUGACAGAGCGGGCCAUACUGUGGCAGGACCGGGCACGGAGGGCCAUGGCCUCCAAGGAAGUGACUGCUCUCCUCGAUCAGCUCACUGAGCUCCGGCAGCAACUCCACAACCAGAUGGUGAAGGACACCAUCGCCCUGAAGGAGAGGAGCCGUACAGUACACCACAGGAGGCUCGAUGCGGUGAAUGGUGAUGCCCUCAAUUUGUCCCAGGAAUCACAGGAACCCAUCGUAACCUCAGAGCCAACAGAUGAGGAGGAGCUGUGCCUGCAGAGCCCAGCUGUCCAGCUUUCAGAGAAUGUGCAGCAGCAGCUCGAAGAGUUGAUGAUCGAUGGAGACCUGCUCGAGGUCACACUCGAUGAGAGCCACAAUAUCUGGAGGGUGCUGCAGGCUGUGAGGGCCCCUCCUCGCGAGAAACUCCACAAACUGCUGCAGAUUGAGAAGCUGGAAAGUAAACUGGCCCGGGUUCGGGGGAAAGAUUCGGCAGAGAAACGGCGCAAGAGGAAACCGGAGCGAGGUGACUCCUUCAUGCUGCCAGGGCAGGAAGAUCCCGAGGAAGCGGAUGCCACCGAGCCAAAGAGAAACAAGGCGGAGGUGCCCAGCCCAGUGGCCAAGAGCAGCAGUUGUAUGCCGGGAGAGCAGGAGGGCAGUAGCCGAGGGUCACACAGUCCAGUCAUACACAAUGGAGUGGAGCAGUUAUGAUCGAAGGGCAUCCCCUUGGCAUCUUGUCAUGGACUCACGGCCAACCUGCCACACCCAGGUGUGGCAGGCAUCACCCUGCUGAGAGCAACUGCGAAGAAGGGCCGGGGGUGGGGAGGGAGGGUUGGGGGGGUGGGGGGAGGGGGUUGUGGGCGGGUGUAUGAUUGGGGGAGGGAGUGGGCGAGAGAGAGAGUGGGAAGAGGAGAGUUGGGGAUGAUCCCAAAUACAGCAACAUCGGAGCUCCUUCCUCCCCACCCAGGCCAGACGCAAGCCUAGGAGUGUGGGGGUGGAGGGCUGGAAACAGGCCUUUGUGGGGGUGGGACACUCUGGCAGGUUGUAGCCACUGCCAGGGUCUGGGAGAGUGGGUUAUAGGGUUUUUGUGGGUGGGGUAUGGGGGUUUGGUGGGUGGGGGGGUGGUUGUUGGGGAGGUUGAUUGAGGAGGCCUUAAGUUGAAACUAUUUCCAAGCCCUGAUCCACCCAUGAGGUUGGGGUGGGGAGGUCACAGAACAUCCUCCUCAACACUCCAGUGCAUGUGUCUGUCCUCUCCCCAUCCCCAAUAAACCCCCUCCCCCCUUCUUCCUCCCCCACCACUAGCAAUUGUGGAGGGGUUUUGGAUUGAGUUUCGAGUUGCCCUAAGAGGUCAGUGGUUGUGAUUUGGCAGGGGGGAAGAGUGGGGGAGGAAAGGUGGAAACAGGGAUUUGGUGUCACCAAAUGAGGUCACUGAACCCCUGCUGCCCCUACCCCCAUUCUGUCAGGAACACGGGUCAUCUCGGUGACGAAGUCAAAUUGGCCAUCGUUGGUUUGAUGUUGUCUCUGGGCAGGCACCGAUUUGAGAUGUUUCCGGUGCCUGGCGUGACGUUGGGGUGGUGCAUGGAUUGAGACUGCAUUGGGUCUUGCGCAGACAGCGCCACGAGGAAGAGGGCCAGGCGGUGGUCAGCAUAGGCCCCUGGUACCCGGAGACAGGGACAGGCGAGGGGGGUGGGGGUGGGGAGCAGACAGCCAUCAUGGCCUGGUUGGCAGUUGCAAUAACCGGUAAUUCCACCUGCACUCCUCUCCCAUUUUUGUAUUCAGUCUACAAGCCUUGUACAAUCCUGCAGUGACCCCUCAGAAAUCUUCCCCCCCCUCCCCUUACUCCCUUGUUAUGCCUGACACAGUUGUCUUGCUGUGCACAAGCCUGUUCGUGGGGGAGACGGUCUGUUCUGUGAAAUAGCCUCUUCCAAAUUGUGUGCGCGCUCCCAUCCCCCCUCGGGUGGUCUUUCUGUUUCUUUUUUAAAUAAAAUGUUUUUUGCCUGUUUUAAAGGCUCACACUAAACUUUCAAGCUGCAGGGCUAGUGGUAGUUGGUCAACAGGGGCCAAGUCGUUGUUAAGCUCCUCAAUGUGUGAACUGUACAGUAAAUGGUACCAGUUGAAGGAAUGGUGAAACUAAUGUCCCUCCCGACCCCCUUCUCUCCACCGUCCUUCCCCUCCCCCUACUGCAUUGUAAUUACGUACUGCGUGUAAUUAAUUUGUUACAACUAUUUGUUUUCUUUAUUGCUUUUUGUUUGUUUUAGGGUUUCUUUCGGGUUAUUCUAGAAAUAAAACAUUAGAGACGUGUUUAACAAUG